AUGGCUCCUCGCUAUGUCGAAAUCGACUCCGAAACUAGCUCUAUCCUCGCCGAUAGCCUCGGCACCCAACGCCGCCAUGUGAGACCUGAGUUCGCCGCGCACCAGCUUGCGAAGCUGAAGGAGCGUGUUUUAACAUACACCGAAGAACAGGAUCAAGUUCUCAAGAAGCAGCACCGCACCGACGAGAGGCGUCGUUCAGAGCUUCCAGACUACCCAGUAAUUGGUGCAGGCCCCUUUACCAUCGCAGACUGCGUCGACGCUGUGCUCGACAUUCAAGACCUCGCUGUCGCCUUCAUCGAUGGCACUCCGGACAAGUUCGGUAUGCUUCUUCUCUGCCGAUACGAUCUAUCGAAGGAGAACGACGUGCACUACGACGUCGGCGACAAGCGCAUCCUCACGGAUGCUGUCCAAUACCUUAUGUCACUCCACGUGCGCCUUCACGGCAUUCAGUAUUUGAUUUGGCAGUUGUCGCAGGACUGCCCCGAAUAUCGCGAGGCAGACGAAGUUGGGUGCUACAUUACGAAGCAUAUCGCUAUCGUCGACGACUUACUCAAUCACGUUAAUGGUGGUGCGGUGGACAUGUUCGAGUCAAUGUUGAUGAGUCUGUUCUUGUUUCAGUCAGUCAAAGAGUAG